GAGCUAAUGUGGAAUAGGUUGGUCGAUUUUGGGUCGCUAUCCUGCCAUCUUCCUCGAUUGCUAACCGCUGACGAGUGCGGGAGAACAGCAGAUAUUCACAGAAAGUUGUGGUAGUCGUAAAGGUUAAACCCAACUAUGUGGCAACACUGCCGCCACCGUACCCAGAUUUGCAGUUUUGUCUUCUUCAACCAACCAAAGAGCGGUAGAGCGCGCACCACGGCUUUACCAAAGCAGCAGGCCUUGAUGAGAGAAUAUAUCGAGCGUGCGCGCGCGAGGUUCCAAAAAGCCUCCGAUGGUAGCGAGCCUUCAUACCCAGUCAGUUUCAGUAUCGUUGCCGACUCGUUCAGACGCAACCAGGCAGCGGAGACAGAGUUGCGAGGUGAACGAACAAAAUCACGUUGCGCGUAUCGAUCUUCAGCUUUCGGUCCUCAUCGGCGGCGGUGCUUGUUGUGCUAUAUUUGGUUUAUGCUUUGUUGUCGGUCGGUCUCCCAGGAGACCUCGCAUCAUUCGACACACGAGUAGAGAACGCUGAGAGGCAAUCUUGAUGCUGUGGGAGUGAAUUAACUGGAAUAGCGGGAUCAAGAAGAACUACGGUUUGUGAUGCAGCUGUUGCUGCUGUUGUGCACGGAGACAAAUUAAGGAACUUUGUCAUUACAUCAGAAAAGGAUUAAUUGGAAGGGUUCGUCGUCUGGGAAAGCGUACGUUUCAUUCAAAUCUCCCGCUAGUGCGGUACAGAGCGCGUAUAGGCGUGUGGGAUCAAGUGAAUUAACUAAAGUUUUUUUUGCACGAGGGCGUGAGUGUUGUGUGCGGUUAUUGCGGGUGCCGUUGCUGUGAAUUAUGGGCUUUUCCAAUUCUGGAUCAAAAUCCACUUCGUACGGGCGCGUACAAUCACGAUAAUGAUGCUGUUGGAAUUAUUGUGCUGAACUAGUUCGAAUUCGCGCUUGCUUGCAAUUGAAUUAAUUCGCUCGUUCGAGAGUUUAAGAAUUGCGUUUCAAGACGCUCUUGUUUUCAAUACGCUCAAUUGGCAAAGAAGAUAGCAUAGGAAGAAUCACGACCACGGGGAAAUUGUUGAGUGGAAAGUGUAAAGAGCGCUCUUUGCAAGGCAGCAGCAGCAUGUUCUUGAACAGCCGGGGAUUCAACCGGUGGCCUUCGAUGAGAAUGCACCUUCUGGUGGUAAUUAUCCUACCGUUUCUGGUGCUACCGAUGAAUGGAGCGGAUAUUUCAGGUCAAGAGUCUUCGACACAAGAUUUUGAAGUUCGAUCGUUAUCAGGCGAACCAGACUACAAGUCGGUAAACCUAACCUGGGAGGUCGGAUCGAUGGACAGCAGUGAAAUGGAUUAUUCUGAUGAUCGACAACACACCACCAGACGGCAGGGUCGAUCGUUCAGUGUGCACUAUUGUGAGCUUCAGAACUGGGGUCCGCACCGGUGCCGCUCGAAAAUACUAACCGAUAACUCGGACGAUAGCGGGAGUAGUAAACAAUAUACAAUGACGGUAAAAAAUCUCCGGAUGGCAACCAAAUAUUCAUUCCACGUUAAGCCACAGGCUAAGCGUGGUGAUCAGCGAGCUACUGGACGAUCGGAGCACAGUGACGAAUUUGAUGAAAACUCGAUCAACCAGGGGCAGACAGUCAUCAUUCCGACGAAAGGAUUUUCGGCCCACGCCACCCAGUGUCUGCCGCAUGCGUCCGAGAUCGAAGUGGAAACGGGACCAUAUUUUGGAGGCCGCAUUGGUUCCGAGAACGGACAGUGUGGUACCCAGGGUGAUGCAAGCAGCCCUCAGGAGAGCUACGUGUUACGAAUUGACCACGAAAAAUGUGGCAGCCGGGUGAGCCCUUCGGAUCUGACCGUCGAGACGUACAUUACGGUGCAGGAAAAUUUGGGCAUUCUAACGCACAGUACUCGACGCUUUGUGGUUGUUUGCACCUUCCAGCCGGACACGUUGACCGUGAGGGCAAGAUUGGCGUUGCCAGGAAAAGGAAAAGGCGGUGCAGCGCCGGUCCCUACGAGUGAAUGGUGGCCUACGAAUGGCAGAAAUGGUCGCGUGAGACAAUUCAAUAUGGUGGACAAGAGCGCUCUGGUGCUGAAAAGCUCCGACGAGGAAGAAGUUGAAGACAUUUUACCUGCCCGCGUUGAGGAAAUUCCGGAAGAAGAAUUUAAAAAUCAGACCGGCAAAUUCGUUAAUUCAACAAAAUCUUCGACAAAGCAGGAACCAAACUCUAAAGAGAAUGAAAUUGUAGAGAAGAAAACGACCCGGCGCCGUUCGGAUAAGACUGAAGCGUUCCGAGACGUGAAGUAUGCGAGAUUAUCCAACUCGAAGAUUACCACGGGAAUGAAUGAUCUGAGCGAAGCCAGCGAAUUAACAACAGGCAAUGGGCAGGAACACUAUAGCCCCAGAGCGGCCGAUAGCGAUGGCAGUCGGUCUAUGGACAUUACCGGUCUGCUGAUAUCCGCCUGUCUUGCUGUGAUAAUGAUCGGUGCAUUUGUGUACGUGCUGCAGAAGGAAUUCAAAAAGCAACGGAUAAUCCAACAGCACCAUCAACAUCAGCAGACUCAGCGGCCCCCGAACCGAAUGGCGACAUUUUGAGUGUGUGAGACUCAAAUCCGCGACACGAAUAGUUAGAUGUUUAGAGACUAGUGGUAAGUGAUAGAGAUAGGUUUGCUGGUAAGAUUAAUUUUAUUCAGCAAUAAUCAGGAAUGAAGCAGUUGAGAAUAAGUUUUAGCCUGUUAGUUGAAACCGGUAUUUGUCGCCACGACUGUUACGGCUGAGAGCGGUUUAUAUGCUUUCUUGUUUGAUUGAAAUACUUGCCUCUAGCAAGAUUUACUUAGCAGCUGGAGUUUACCUUUGAGGUAAUGGAACUGAAUUUUUGAUUUUGGGCAAGGCGUCAAUUUCAAUUUCUCAAAAACGACUGAGCAUAUACUGUCGCUCUUGUAACGGAGUCUAAACAAAACUCUCUUAACAGUUAUAGUAAUAAAUAAGGCCUUUUGCAAUGCACCUUCUACCGUGUUGGAGAGCUAAAUAAUAUAUUUUAGGCCCAAAGUGUACAAAAACAGUUUUUUUUUCUGUUGCUGAAGCGAACAUUGCAAGAGUGAAUCAUUCCUUUGGAACAAUCAAAUAGAUAAAUAAUAAGCGAAAAGUGAUUGGUGGCCCAAGCUUGCCAGUAGUUUAGUUCCGCCAGGUUACAGUUAGUUAAUAAGGUCUGCUAAUUAUGUGUAAGCAUUGGAAUGGGAAACAUCUGAACUUUUUUCGGCAUUUCCAAAUUCUAUAGUAAGCUGUCAUCUUUUUUUGUAAGCAUCAUA